CUGGCCUGGACCAACGAGCACAGUGGCGGUGGUAGCCACGGCGACCAUGAUGGAGGAGGGGGCGGGGUCAACCACGGGGUCGGCAUUGUGGGCCUGGCCCCGGAGCACAUCCCCACACCGGGGGCGGCCCUGAGCUGGCAGGCGGCCAUCGACGCCGCGCGGCAGGCGAAGAUGAUGGGCAAUGCCGCAACGAGCGGAGGGGCGGGGCUUGGGUCGGGAGGGGGCGGGCCCAUCUCCACGGCCAGCUCCACGCAAAGGAAGAGACAACACUAUAGCUCCAAGCCCAAGAAACAGACAACGACGACAGCCACAAGGCCGCCACGGGCCCUACUCUGUCUCACACUCAAGAACCCCAUCCGCAGGGCCUGCAUCAGCAUCGUAGAAUGGAAACCAUUUGAGAUCAUCAUCCUGAUGACCAUUUUCGCCAACUGUGUGGCCUUAGCUGUCUACAUCCCCUUCCCCGAGGAUGACUCGAACGCCACCAACUCCAACCUGGAGCGUGUGGAGUAUCUGUUCCUCAUCAUUUUCACGGUAGAGGCAUUCCUGAAGGUAAUAGCCUACGGUCUGCUCUUCCACCCAAAUGCCUAUCUGAGGAACGGCUGGAAUCUGCUGGACUUCAUCAUCGUAGUCGUAGGAUUAUUCAGUGCGAUCUUGGAGCAGGCCACCAAGGGGGAUGGCGCCACUCCUAUUGGAGGGAAGGCAGCGGGCUUCGAUGUCAAGGCUCUGAGAGCUUUCAGAGUACUCAGACCCCUCAGACUGGUCUCUGGAGUACCCAGUUUACAGGUAGUGUUGAACUCCAUAAUCAAAGCCAUGGUUCCUCUGCUCCACAUCGCCCUGCUGGUCCUCUUCGUUAUCAUCAUCUACGCCAUCAUCGGCCUGGAGCUCUUCAUGGGCAAGAUGCACAAGACCUGCGUUUACGAGCAUAUAGGCACCAAAGCGGAAGAAAAGCCGGCACCGUGUGCACCUACCGGAGCUUACGGUCGACACUGUAUGCAAAAUGGAACUGAGUGCAAAAUGGGAUGGGAGGGCCCAAAUGACGGAAUCACCAACUUUGACAACUUUGCCUUUGCCAUGUUGACGGUUUUCCAGUGUAUAACCAUGGAGGGCUGGACGGACGUGCUGUACUGGGUGAAUGAUGCAGUAGGGUACAAGUGGCCCUGGGUGUAUUUUGUCACCUUAAUCAUCAUCGGAUCCUUCUUUGUGCUAAACUUGGUUCUGGGGGUAUUGAGCGGAGAGUUUUCCAAGGAGAGGGAGAAGGCCAAGGCACGUGGUGACUUCCAGAAACUCAGAGAAAAACAGCAACUAGAGGAGGACCUCAAGGGCUAUUUAGACUGGAUCACUCAGGCUGAAGACAUUGACCCAGAGAAUGAAGAGGAGGGCAUGGACGAUGACAAACCCAGAAACCUGAGCAUGCCGGCCAGUGAGAAUGAAUCAGUCAACACAGACAACGCCCCCGGGGGAGACGUGGAGGGGGAGACCUGCUGUACCCGGCUAGCAAAUAGGAUCUCCAAAUCCAAGUUCAGUCGAUACUCUCGGAGGUGGAACAGGCUGUGUAGGAGGAAGUGCCGGGCAGCGGUCAAAUCACAGGUUUUCUAUUGGCUGGUCAUCUUCCUGGUUUUCCUCAACACUCUGACCAUCGCCUCUGAACAUCACCAGCAGCCUCAGUGGCUAACCGAUGUACAAGACAUAGCCAACAAGGUGUUGCUAGCACUCUUCACUGGUGAGAUGCUGUUGAAGAUGUACAGUCUGGGUCUGCAGGCAUACUUCGUUUCGCUCUUCAAUCGCUUUGACAGUUUCGUAGUAUGUGGAGGAAUUCUUGAGACCAUUCUGGUGGAAACCAAGAUCAUGUCUCCUCUUGGCAUCUCUGUGUUACGUUGCGUACGCUUGCUGCGAAUCUUUAAAAUAACCAGAUACUGGAACUCCUUGUCCAACUUGGUGGCCUCCCUGCUAAACUCUGUUCGCUCCAUCGCUUCCCUGCUGCUCCUGCUCUUCCUUUUCAUCAUCAUCUUCUCCCUGCUCGGUAUGCAGCUGUUCGGGGGAAAAUUCAACUUCGACGAGACCCGACGUAGCACCUUUGACAACUUUCCCCAGUCUCUGCUCACUGUGUUUCAGAUCCUAACAGGGGAGGACUGGAACUCUGUGAUGUAUGAUGGUAUCAUGGCAUAUGGUGGGCCGUCCUUUCCUGGGAUGCUGGUCUGCAUCUACUUCAUCAUCCUCUUCAUCUGUGGAAACUAUAUCCUCCUGAAUGUCUUCUUGGCCAUCGCUGUGGACAAUCUGGCAGAUGCUGAGAGCCUGACAUCCGCACAGAAAGAAGAGGAAGAGGAGAAGGAGAGGAAAAAAUUGGCCAGGUUGGCCAGUCCAGAGAAGCGCCAUAACAACGAGAAGCCACCUCUGGAGGAGGAGAAGAAGGAGAAGAUAGAGCUUAAGUCCAUCACUUCUGAUGGAGAGACCAACACUGCUACUAAGAUUAACAUGGAUGAGUACUGUGGAGAUGAGAGUGAAGAGAAGAACCCAUAUCCUGCCAACGAUUACAUAGGAGACGAUGACGACGAUGAGCCAGAGAUGCCAGUAGGCCCUAGGCCACGGCCACUCUCCGACAUUCAGCUGAAGGAGAAGGCCAUUCCCAUGCCAGAGGCCCGCGCUUUCUUCAUCUUCAGCCACACCAACAAAUUCAGGGUUCUGUGCCAUAAGAUCGUCAACCACAACAUCUUCACCAACCUCAUCCUCUUCUUCAUCCUGCUCAGCAGCAUCAGUCUGGCAGCUGAGGACCCGGUCAAAAAUGACUCUUUCAGAAACCAGAUCCUGGGCUAUGCAGACCAUGUCUUUACUGGACUCUUCACCAUAGAGAUCAUUCUUAAGAUGACAGCCUAUGGAGCCUUCCUCCAUAAAGGGUCAUUCUGUAGAAACUAUUUCAAUAUUCUGGACCUGGUGGUGGUCAGUGUGUCCCUCAUCUCAUCUGGGAUACAGUCCAGUGCAAUUAAUGUGGUGAAGAUCCUGAGAGUUCUCCGAGUGCUCAGACCUCUGAGGGCCAUCAACAGAGCCAAGGGACUAAAGCAUGUCGUGCAGUGCGUGUUUGUGGCCAUCAGGACCAUCGGCAACAUUGUCAUCGUCACCACGUUGCUGCAGUUCAUGUUCGCCUGUAUUGGAGUACAACUCUUUAAGGGCAAGUUCUUCUCCUGUACCGACAGCUCCAAACAAACUCAGGCAGAUUGCAGAGGUUCCUACAUUAUGUAUAAGGAUGGUGAUGUGGGGAAGCCUGAAAGAGCCCAGAGACUGUGGGAGAACAGUGACUUUAACUUUGACAAUGUCCUCCAAGGCAUGAUGGCCCUAUUUGCUGUGUCUACUUUUGAGGGCUGGCCAGGGCUACUGUACCGAGCCAUAGACUCUCAUGCUGAGGACGUCGGGCCCAUCUACAACUACCGCGUAGUCAUCUCCAUCUUCUUCAUUAUCUACAUCAUCAUCAUCGCCUUCUUCAUGAUGAACAUCUUCGUCGGUUUCGUCAUUGUCACAUUCCAGGAGCAAGGAGAGCAAGAAUAUAAGAACUGUGAGCUGGACAAGAACCAGCGUCAGUGUGUGGAGUAUGCUUUGAAGGCACGUCCAUUGCGACGCUACAUCCCCAAGAACCCCUACCAGUACAAGGUGUGGUAUGUGGUCAAUUCCACCUACUUUGAGUACCUGAUGUUCACACUCAUCCUUCUCAACACCAUCUGUCUGGCCAUGCAGCAUCAUGGUCAGACCACAGAUUUCAACGAUGCCAUGAACAUCCUCAACAUGCUCUUCACUGGACUCUUCACUGUGGAGAUGAUCCUUAAACUGAUCGCCUUCAAACCCAGGGGGUACUUUAGUGAUCCCUGGAAUGUGUUUGAUUUCCUCAUCGUAAUUGGCAGCAUAAUAGACGUCAUUCUCAGUGAGAUCAACGGACUACAGAACUCUGAAGAGAACGCCAGGAUCUCCAUCACCUUCUUCCGGCUGUUCCGCGUGAUGAGGCUGGUGAAGCUGCUGUCUCGCGGGGAAGGGAUUCGGACCCUGCUGUGGACCUUCAUCAAAUCCUUCCAAGCACUGCCCUACGUAGCUCUGCUUAUAGUGAUGCUAUUCUUCAUAUACGCUGUCAUCGGCAUGCAGAUGUUUGGUAAAAUAGCGCUGCGGGACCACACACAGAUCAACAGGAACAACAAUUUCCAGACGUUCCCUCAGGCAGUUCUGCUGCUCUUCAGAUGUGCAACAGGUGAGGCAUGGCAGGAGAUCAUGCUGGCAUGCUCGCCCAAUAAGCCGUGUGAGAAAGGAUCGACCAAUGAGAACAACUCGGCCAAUGAGGACUGUGGCAGCCAGUUUGCCAUCAUUUACUUUGUCAGCUUCUACAUGCUCUGUGCCUUUCUGAUCAUCAACCUGUUUGUGGCCGUCAUUAUGGACAACUUUGACUACUUGACGCGUGAUUGGUCGAUCCUGGGGCCACAUCAUCUUGAUGAAUUCAAGAGGAUCUGGGCUGAAUAUGACCCAGAAGCUAAGGGGAGGAUAAAGCACCUGGAUGUGGUGACUCUGCUGCGGAGAAUCCAGCCUCCCCUUGGCUUUGGAAAGCUCUGUCCACACAGGGUGGCCUGCAAGCGUCUGGUGUCAAUGAACAUGCCUCUGAACAGCGAUGGAACGGUGAUGUUUAACGCCACACUGUUUGCUCUGGUCAGAACUGCACUCAGGAUCAAGACAGAAGGUAACCUGGAGCAGGCCAAUGAGGAACUAAGGGCAAUAGUGAAGAAGAUCUGGAAGAGAACCAGCAUGAAGCUCUUGGAUCAAGUAGUGCCCCCUGCUGGUGAUGAUGAGGUAACAGUCGGGAAGUUCUACGCUACCUUCCUCAUCCAGGAAUAUUUCCGCAAGUUUAAGAAGAGGAAAGAACAAGGGCUGGUGGCCAAGGUGGCCCCCAAAACUGCCCUCUCUCUGCAGGCUGGCCUGCGGACAUUGCAUGACAUUGGUCCAGAGAUUCGGAGGGCCAUCUCUGGAGACCUGACCGUGGAGGAGGAGCUGGAUAAAGGCUUGAAGGAGCCUGUGUCGGCUGCGUCCGAGGACGAUAUCUUCAGGCGUACUGGUGGGUUGUUCAGCAACCACGUCAACUACUACAACCAGAGCGAUGGCCGCAGUUCCUUCCCGCAGUCCUUCACUACCCAGCGUCCCUUGCACAUCAGCCAGAAGGGCUCCCCUUGCGAAGGCGAGAGCCCGUCCCAUGAGAAGCUCAUGGACUCUACCACUUUCACCCCUUCCUCUUACUCUUCAUCGGGCUCCAACGCCAACAUCAACAAUGCCAACAACACUGGCAUGGCUGGGGUGACGACCCAGGGAAUCAGUCGAUUCCCAAGCCCGUCCAUAAGCACUGUUGACGGGCACACAGGACAGCCGCUCACUCCCAUCCUGCUGCCAAGAUCCGCAUGGUGCUUUCCUCCAAAGAGCUCGGACUCAAGUGACAGCCGUCUGCCAAUCAUCCGGAGAGGCGAGGGGUCAACGGAGGAGACAUAUGAUGAGAGCUAUGCCGACGACAGGGAGUACCACGAGGAUGACCACUCGCUCUCCUCUGACAUGCUGGUGUAUCAUGAUGACACAUGUAAGCAGUUGACUCCCAUGGAAGAAGGAGAGGAGGUAGAGGACAGACGAGGAGGAGGGUGGCAGUCUCCCAGGAGAGUCUUCCUCUGCCCCACUUCUCUGGGGCGGAGAUCGUCCUUCCAUCUCGAGUGUCUCAGAAGACAGUCAAGGCCAGACGUCUCGCAGAAGACGGCCGUACCUCUACACCUUGUACAUCAUCAGGCUCUUGCAGUCGCAGGGUUGAGUCCUCUGUUAAGAAGGAGUCACUCACCUACCCUCUUCAGCCGGCUGUGCUCCACGCCUCCAGCCAGUCCCACAGCCCAUGGCAGUGAUGCCUCCUACCAGCGAGUGCCCUCUCUGAGGCUAGAGGGCUCCAACUCCCAUGAAAAGCUCAAUACCAGCUUGCCCUCUGUCAACUGUGGGCCCUGGUACAGCGACAGUAAUGGGAAUAGCCGGGUGCCCAGUCCUAGCCCCAGCGUGUCCAAUCAAAGACCACCACGGCCGGUGUCGCUCACAGUGCCCUCGCUACUGGGAAAAGACUCCAGCUCACUGUCUCACGGCAGCGCAGGCAGUCUGGUGGAGGCGGUGCUAAUAUCAGAGGGUUUGGGUCAUUUCGCCCAGGACCCCUCGUUCAUUGAGGUGACCAAAGCCGAGUUGGCUGAUGCCUGUGACAUGACCAUCGAGGAGAUGGAGCACGCCGCCAACAACAUUCUCAACGGCAACACGGCCACGAACGCCACAUCCAGCACCUCUUCCACCUCCCAGCACAGCCCCAACGGCACCCUCCUCCCCUUCCACACAGCAGCAGCAGCAACGCACAGGGACCAAGUGGUCAACGAGGGUGGGGAAGAGGCCGGAGGAAGCAGAGGCUCUGUCCAUGGGCCGUCCUCGGUGGAGGAGCGGCAGGAGCUGCUAGCAGGGGGGAGGGGACGAGAAGAGGAGGAGGAAGAGGCGGAAGGGAAGGAGGAGGGGCACCACAGAAGUUCGGUUGUGAUUGGAGGAGCACGGCAGAGGAACAGCGGGCUGUUGGAGGACGAGGAUAUGGAGUGUGUGACGAGUUUGUAGGAGACGGCUCGACGGGUUCGAUCGGCCGACUGGCCCCUCUGACAUCAUCAGAGACUGACGCUUGUCAGUGCUGGGUAACAGCGCCGCAGCUGGCUCUGUCUGUCCCCGCCCCUCACACACACACGCACACAGACACACAGACACACACACACAGAUACACUGUCUGCCUCUCUGCCAGACAUAACCGCUCUGGACACUGGCGGCCAGUGACGCAACCUUAAACACCUGGUUAUGACUAUGUUUGUUUAUAUGAGUUUGUAUGUGUGUGAGUAUUUGUAGUAAAGUAUACCACACUAUACUCUAUACUAUCUGAGUGUAUGCUUGUGUGUUUGCGUGUGAUCUAUGAUUUUCUCUAUUUGUACGUGUACGUGAGUGCGUGUGUUCUCCACACGUGUCUGAGUGUGUCUCUAAAGUGCCUCACAGUUUUAUCAUGUCCUCAAAGUGUGAAGAGCUGAAAAGUAGAGACAAGCAAAAAAAAGUGAGGGGAAAGUAGGAAUGGAGGAACUGUAGAAAGGAAACAACAGAAGCAAGUCCUUUUAUGGAUUUCCUGCAGCUGACAUAGUGUGUUUAUUGUUUUCAUUUCCUCUGCCUACUUUGGUGUUGUGUUAUUGUUGUUUGUCUGGCCGCCAUGAAGCCAGGUAGGGGACAGCAGACCAGCUUGUGGAGGGGGUCAGUUAAGGAUUCAAAUCUGACCACACCCACUUGAGGUCAAAGGUCAACUCCUCCUUCUUGGUUCACUGAUGAUGAAGCGCUGUAUUGAGUAAACGGGGGUGAGGAAAACCCUGUUUGAAAUUCUCUUCCUCUUCCAAAGCUAAGGAACCUUGGAGCACAGCCCUGCCAGCCUGGGGGUCGGAUUAAGGUGACACGCCACCCCCAGCCAAAGGGGGGGAAGGAUUUGAGGGAUGGACCAACAGCCACAACAUGCCUGCUGUAGGGGGCCACGGGCAGAGAGAGACACUCUCUGGCCCACAGGAAGCUAGCCAGCUCUUUUAUCCGCUGGUCAAUAAGAUGCCAGCGAGAGACAAACUCGCCUCGUCACCUUUAUCUGGCUUCGCCUCCUCUGCCGCUUUUCCUCUUUUGGCCACACCCACUUUCUGCCCCAAACAGGAAAUGGGAGGAGCAUUUGGUGGCUAAGCAGAGACAGCGAGCCCCCCUUUUCUGCCUCAUACCUCGCCGUUCCUCACUCCUCCCUCUCUCCUUCCUCCCUCCUCUUUGGUUAUUCCACCAUCCGUCUCCCUCCAUCGCUGGGUUUUUGCUUUUUCAGCCCUCGGGAGGUGAGUGUGUCGAACAGGGCAACAGAGAUGGAGGGUGGAGGAGAGAAUGGGAGUGACCGAUUGAAAUGAAAACAGACUCUGGGCAUGGAUCUACAGAGGAUCUGUCCGUCAAUCAACCUCACUUCCUUCUCCAAAACCCUCCUCUUCCUCUCAGCGUGGAAUCCUAUUGGAUUUGCUGCCACACACUCUCUCUACAGACCACGCCCACUAUGUAUUUAACAGUUCAAUAUUGUGCAAAACUGGCUAGCCAUGACUAUUUUGUUUUAUAUUCAUGAUGUUAUUGGUUUAAUUUAUCCUUGAUUUGUUUGCACAAUCGGGGUGCUGGUCUUAUAAAUGUAUUUUUGCUCGGUUUAUUUUAGGAGAAUUUUAAGAGGUUUUAAGUAUCGAAGCAGGGCGUAGUGUUUGCGUGCGAGUGUAUAACUAUAUUUGUGCGUGCGGGUGUGUGUCUGCGUUUUAGUACAGGAUGUAUGUGUGUACGAAUGUGUGAGAUAGUGUGUAUCUAAAAGGGGGGUCUUUCUCUCUAUCAGUAUGCACCUUUUACAGAUUGUAUCUAUUUAUUUAUUUAUUUUUCCCAGAAGAGAAAAAAAUGAGUGUGAGGAUGUACGUUUGUAUGUGCGUGCGUGCCUGUGUUCGAGUGGUUACUUAUGUAUUCUAAAAAGCUGAUUUUAAGCCUAGACAGUAAAUUAAGGUAGCAUUACAAGUAUGGUAUUGUUUGUGUUUGUGUGUGUGUGUGUGUGUGUGUGUGCGUGCGUGCGAGGGUGUGUGUGUGCGUGUGUGUGUGUGAUAAUGGGCCUCCUUAACACAGGGUUACCAUGGACAGGCAUGCUUCCAAAGCUUUGUGAUUUCUUUAGCACGGUUUUUACUUUUUAGCCGAGCUGCAGAGUCAGAAACCACUCUCAAUCUUAAAAAAAUUAGUCAUCACAUAAUUUUCCUUUAAUUUUUCUGUUUUUAGAGGUAGUUAGGCGUAAGGUCUCCAGCGAGGUCAGAGUGACGGUUACGUUUACAGCGGUGAUGAGUUUCGGCAUUGCAGCUUGGCCACAAGGUAACGAGCCUUUUGGCAAUUGCUGCAUUUCUUCUUUAUGGUGGAUGGUUGCUCUGAAUGGUAGAAGCACCAAAUUCAUACUGCCACAGUGACGCUUCGUGAAUGAACUGGGGAGGGGGGGGGUGACGCUCUGAUCGCUCGGCUGUAACACACCGUAAUCAUGUGAGUUCACCAUUUAAUCGUAGUUUAAACUCCAAAUGAACUAUUAGGGCUGGUGUACAGAUGCUGCAAGACUUCAGGUCUGCUCAUAUCACAAAACCUUAUGAUUUAUUGUCAUUGUUAGAAAUAAAACAAUUCCUUGUCUGUAAUAUCAUUUACUGGUAAAAAAUUAAGUACUGAAAAAAUUAUACUACAAAUUUACUGGUAAUUGAUAAGAUGUGAUAAUUGUUUGGUUACCGUGAUACAUUAUUGGAUACGAAUCAGAAAACUGUCAGUUUGGAGGGAAGUUGCAUCCUGGAUGAUCCCCUGGUGUAAUUUUUGUCUUUUAAUUUUUUUGUAACAGAUUUUAGGUAGCAUGCGGACAACUUUUUAUUGAACUUUCUCUAUUAUGGCACAGGUAUGGACCUCAGGCCAUAGUACAUUACACAGGGCACAUGUCUCUCUUUGCUAUUGUAUCUUCUCCAAAAAAAAAAACAUUCCUAAUGUCAGUAUCACAUCCUUGGUACCAACUGUCACAUUCAUUAAACUACUUUAUAGUAUUUAGAGCUGAAUGAUUCAGCUUUCUGAAAUGUUAAGUUACAAAUUAUGCUAACCACUGAAAAUUUGGAAAGACAAUUGUUGUUACCACCACAAUCCGGACGCAAACUCAGCUAGACAUUAGGAUAGUAAUGAAAGUCUUAUCUUACCAAACCAGUGCUAACAUGCAGAUCCAUCUCAGUAAUAAUUUUAUGUUAAGGUUAUAGGAUUAAAAACAGCACUUUUGAACUCUUUUAUUAGCCUUAACAAAUCCAAAUAUGUUGAAGUAGCCUAGGACAAUUCAAGAAACACUUUCAAAAGAUAAAUUCUAUAAAUUAUCUCUAAAAAUGUCACUUUGAAAAGACACUGAAGUCCUACCCAGAGACACUAUUACAUCGACUUAUAGCCAUUAGUUUUCACUUUCAUUUCCCAUUAAGGACUACCUGCUGAGCUCUCAUUCCUACAUGUUAAGCAGAGCAGGUUUGUGGCAGGGAAGGGUAUGCAUGAACACACUGCCAUACACUGCAUCCUGUGCCAGUAACAGACUUCUGACAUUAUUAUGCAAACUAAAUGUGAAUGUUGAACGUGUUUUUAGCGGCAGUGCUAUUGUUGUUUUGUGGUUAUGAUCAUACUGCGAACCCUGAAGAAGUCUGUGUUGUCAAAGGAAAUACCCUCCCUGACAUUUAAUCUGUUGUUGUUGUUUUUUUUCAUAUCCAGGAUCCUUUGGCUUCGUGAAAUAUCUCUCCAUCAUUUCUUUCUUUCCUUCAGUUUUUCUAAAAGCACCUCACUAAAAUUGUUCUUUAUCGAAUUAACUUGGUAUCAUAAGCUAAUAAGCUACUUUGCGGCUAGUGGCUCAGUUUCAGUAUAAGCUGCUUUUUUUUUUUGGUCAAACUUCAAGUCUAAAAGUGAGGAAGGCAGAUUUAGGUAUAGUCAAGCAUAUUAGUGUGUGCAAGGAAGCAUCUGGGUUUAGUGUUUUAACUUUAAAGUUCACACAGUCUCACUUUGUGCUUGGCUUUUUGUUUCCACACUUGGGUUGGAUCAGCCCUGGCAAAGUUUAUUUAAGCCUGAAUUUAAAUGAGUUCUCUUCCUGGUUAUUUUUGCUAAUUUACCUGAUAAACCAAUGGCUUAUUAGGUCUAAAUCCUCAAUAAUAAAUGUAACCAGCAGGCACCUGAAGUGUAAAGUAGUAGAUUUUGUAUCCAAGCUGCUACAGAGGAGCAAGCGUGUCUGCUUCCUAACAACAAUUUUAUCAGCCACUAUAGCAACAGCUAUGAAUGUCUCUAUCUCAAGACAGUUUUGAUAAGACACCAUGUAAUGACCAUGUCACUUUAACAAAUCAAUGAAUUAUCCAAUACAGAACCGUUGUCAGACCUCACCCAGUUGAAAUUAGGAUGGGAAUGUUUCCACAACCUGUAUAUUUUGUUUUAUCAUUUACAACCAUAGCCUUAAGAUUAAUAAUCCUAAAUACAUUCAUACAUGUUCAGCAUCACCUCCAGCUUUGAGGAUAAAAGAUCAUAUCAUCCAUACAUGCACAUAGAAACUACAUUCACUUCAAAUCCUUUUACUUUUGUGUUCCUAAUAAAUCUUCAUUUACAUACUAUAGAAACACAUUCUUCUAUAGAGUAACCCUGCAUAUCAUACGUGCCACACCAGGCUUUUUUGUGUCUGUUUAAAGGCUCUUUGUGUUUAAAUGCAGGUGAGAGAGAUUCAGAGGCCUGUGGUGUCCCCGUGUGGAGUGGAGCAGCAUUCCAGUUUUAUGUUCUGUAUAGGUUAGCAUGAACUAUGAGGUGUUGUGUUGCAGUAUAUGGUAUGAGUGGGUGUAAUCCUGCAUCCCACAAGAUAUGCAAAAACAAUGCAAUAACUAUGACUGUAUACAAGGUUCCCGAAGUAAAUAUACUUGUAAAAGUGAAAAAAAAAUCAAUAUCAUGACAAUGUAUUUUUUUUUCUUCCGUUUGUUACAUUUUUAAGUAAACUCAGUGGUUUCCAUGCCAGAGAAACCUAACAUACUUGAAAUCAGGUACAUUGCAGUGCAGUAUAGUAAAGAUGUAUUUAUUUAUCUUUCUCGUGCCAGGGUGUUGGAUCUGCAUCUGCAGUCAAAAAUGUGUGUUGAUACAGUGAUGUGAAAUUGGUGUUUUUGCUUGUGGUUUGACAUCCAUGACAUCAACAGAAACCCGGAAUGAACAGCUGAAGAUUUAUUUUGAUGAUUCAGCAGCAAAAACAACUCACUUCACCUCCCUGACUUAAUAUGUUUUUGACUGUAUCCCUUUUCUCUCGUUUAAUUCCAGUUAGUUUUUAAAUGGAUUGAGCUACGUGGGUGUACCAUCAGUAUUGCAUGAGGUUCACAUGUUGACAUUGAGCGUGCCAGGUUUUGCAGUCGUUUUGUUUCUAUCAGGUUAAGUAUCAUAUCACAUUAUGACAGAGUAGCUAUUUCUAUUUAGUGUACAUAUGAUUAAAGUCAGUAUUUCUUCUUUAGAUAAACAUCUGACUGUGGACAGCAGUGGAGGGGUAUUUGGAAGGUGAUUUUGCAUAUCUUGUGUCUUAUGGGCUCUUAGUUAAUCUUCUGAUUCUUAUCCCUGAGAAGGACAGAGCUCGUGUUUAUAUGAUUGUUGAUGAAUUGAGAGAAAAAGCAAACUAAAGUAUUUGUACUCCCCAGCUUAGACAGGCGUCGCUACUUCUUUACCUACAUGUUUCCAGAGUCUCUGUCUUCAGCUUCUAUCUUUUGACUCGUCUGACAUGUGGAAGAUGGACCGGUGGGAAUAAUCUUUAUGAAAUGGACCAAAUAAUUACCCACAAUUAGUAGUUUCUUUUACAAAAAGCUAUUGGUGAAUAAUAUUAGACAGCUAAACACACAGCAGCAUACACAUGUUAUUGCUUACUUGCUAUAUUCAAGCACAAAGUGAACAAUAUACAAGCAGACAAAACUUUAAAUCCACAGGUUAACCUGAAGCUGUUUCCCAAUUCUAUACCACACACUAAUUCUGAGCAGGUGCAUUUAAUGUGUUCACACUAAAGUGAGACUAUUAGGCAUACUCAUUCAGUAUGCAUAGUGGACUCCACUGUCCUUCAAUGUAAUUCACAAAGGAAAUGUAAAAAUGAAAGGGGUCCAUCCUAGCUGUUUUUAGUAUUGACAUUGAAUAAAAUUGGGGGAAACAUAAUAAAAGAAGAGUAGAAAUUGAUCCUCCGGAGUCACAGAAGACAUUAUAGAACUCUUUUCACAGGUUUAUAACAAGUUAACGGGCAUUGUGUAUGUGUGUCCCUUUAAAAAACGAAUGGCGGUAUGACAGUUCCAGAAAGUUGACAAAUAAAAUACUCUCUUCUAUUAUUUUAAAAUCACAGUUUAAUUGACAUUAGACAGUCGUGUAUUGCAUAAUUUCCUGUUAGUAUAAAAUGUUUAAAGUAUUAAAUAUGCUGAUUUCUUAUACCAACUGCAAACACAUACAGAUGGGAUUUAGUAUACAGGUAGUGUGUAGUAUGGAUUUGGAACAGUCCUUUUCAACAGCUGCAAAUCACAUUGUCCACCAUGAGCCAGGUCUGUUUGCUGUAGAUAGUUAGUAGACUGCAGCUGUGCCUGCUGGAUGUCCACCUUCAGCUAGCUAGAGUACAACCACACCCCUCUGCCGUAAAGGGUGCACUUCAAAUUCAAGUGAUUUCUUCAAGCGAAAGCAAGGAUAGAGAGAAUAAAGGCCGGAUGACAAUCUAGUGUUGAUGGAUGAUAACAAUGGGAAGCAGUGAGUGUUUGGUCUGAGUAAGAAUAUUGGAUGAAGAGUAUUUUUAGUAUUGUUUUAUUUCAUCAUGUUUGAAUUUCAGGGUGGUCUUAAGUUCUGACAUGGUGAAUUAUAUAUCCAAGUAAUGUUUUAUGUGAUGUGCAUGGGUUUCUCUCUCUAGGGAUAUAAAGUAUUGGUCCUAUGUGAAUGAUAAUAUCUUUUGUCUCACCACUAGCCAAUGAUUGUAUAUUUUUAUAUACCGUAUACCAUACUAUAGCAAAGAUAUAUAUGAAUAUAUAAUAUUUAAUCACCAGAAUGUUAGAGUAAGGAAAGGGCAGAACACUUAUUUGGGAAUGUAGUUAUUGAAAUACUGGUCAUGAAAAUGUGUUAUAUAGGCCUACUGACUGUCAGUAUGAAUUUAUUGAACAAAGUCCCGCUUUAUUGACUGUAUUUUUGACCAAAAGGAACCAGCAGGGAAUAAUGUAGUUAUAUUUACUGAAGAAGAAAUAUUGUAUGUUUAAGCUGAUGGCAUAUACACAAUGGGCUUGGAUGAUUCCCAGACGAUGUGGCGUUUCAGUCCUUGACUCAAAUAUGACUCUAUUUAAAUAUGAUUAGCUGCAGAACACACACAACAGAAAGGCUACUUCACAAUUUGAAUUUUCUUAAAUACAGGUAAGUAAAUCCAUUACCAGUGCUGUGGCUGUGGAGGCUCUUUGUUCAGCUUUUAAGGACCCUAAAGUAUAGAAAUUAAUGCUGCCAAAUAAUUUGACACCUACUUUAAGCAACAGAGAGAUCUGAAAUCUAAAACGCGUUUGCUUAUGUGUUUGUCCGUUUUGCGUGAAGUGUUCUGAAAGACAUUAACCGACCAGCAACCUGUCAGUGCAGGUAAAAGUCUGGACAUUUUUCCUACUGUAGCACGAGAGAUCCUUCUCUCUUUCACUAGUCUUACAUCAGCGACACACACAUACAUAUAUACACUGUAAACUCAAAUGCUUUCUUUAAGCUAUUAAAGACAUCUAACCAAAAAAAAUCCACCUAUUAAGGACUAGAUCUCUCUAUGCUUUGAGCUAUUACAAUCAUGUAGCUUCAAUUUGUUUUCUUCCAAUGAAGAAAAUUAGGGGACUUGAACUACAUCUGAACCCCUAAAUUAUUACACCCAUAGUUUUGUGUGUUUAUGCAGCAGUGAGUAAAAUUACUUGUUGGAUUUAGGCUGAAAGAGACAUUAUGUCCGUUUUUUUUGUGGCAUCUAAAAAUGUUGAAUUUAUAUUCUGCAUCUUGACAGUGACGGCGAUACCCCCCCCCCACAUGCUUUGUUUAUGUGGAAGAGCUGUUGUAUAUAUUUAAGAUGUCAUCCAACAUGUUUUGACAAAAAUAGUACUUUACACACAUAUACCAUUUAAAGAAGAAUUAGAGUUGUGUGUAAAUCCUAAACUGCACACAGACGUGUGUUACGUAUCAGAGAGCGAGGCUGAAAAGCAGGAGUCAAGUUAUUUCUCCGAUCUUGGUCAUUCAGAUUUCCUCAUGUGGAUCUACCUUCAGAUAUAUUUUCUAGUAAACAGAAGUGUUUGUUGAUCAUUGUUUGAUCCAGACAAAACUAUUUUAAGAGGACUAUUUUGAAUAUAGAUUUUUAUUUUCCUUUUUUUCCAAGGUAAAAAUCAGCAUAGCCUGUUGUAGGAGUCUAAUUUAUCAAAUUAAAUCCAAUUAAAAUAUGAAUUUCCUUCUCUAGAGAAACAAGAGAGGAUUGUCUCUUUGUUUGUCUGUUGUACAAAUGUUUUUUUGACACCAAUGCUGAUGAACGCUUUAGGAAAUGGAACAGAAAGUGAAAGAAGGAAUAUAUUAUAAAAUACAAGUUUAUAGUGCAAGUGUCUUCUAUUUUAGAUAUUAUAUAUAUAUAUAUAUAGAAAACUAUAUCUAAAUUAUAAAAUAUUGAAUGAAAGUUUGAUGAAUCAAAAGAAAAGAAAUUGAAGGAAAAUGCCCACUGUUAAACUCAACAUACUGGCAUUUUCUAUAUAUCGGACUGACAGGACAAAUGUUUUAAUGGCUUUACCAUCAGCUGAAUGUUUGCAUUUACAAAUCAUUAUCGAUAAGUUUCCUUUGUGUGAAAAUUAUUCUUUGUCUCUUUGUUGCCAGUGCAAAAGUAGGAUUAUAGGGAGAAACAAAGUACAUGCAAUGGAAUUACACAUUAUAUAGGUACAUAUUUAGACAUCUGAAGGACUAAUUAUAAUCUUGAUUAAUUGUCAAGAAAUUAGGCACCAGUCUGGGAGUUUAUGUUUAAAAGAACUUUUUGUUUGCACACAUUCAAUUUACAGCUUGCAAAAUUUUAAUAAAUUUGUAAUAAUUCAUUUUGCAGGAAAACUUAUUCUGGUGUCACAAAGUUUUAAAACCAUAAUCAGUAUUGAAAAAAUCUUAACCCUCUGCUGCACUGGCUCAUAGUGACACUCAAACACUCACAGACGCAUGUGGUGAGGAACAAAAAAUAUGAAUUAUUUACAACCCUCAUCCUUUUUCCCGGGGCUGGAGAGCCCUAACCAUUAGCCAAAUAAAUGAUAUUUGCUUGUCCGAUAGAUGUAGAGAUAACAUAGGAUAGUUAAGAUAUAACUUACCCAUUGUGUAGCAGCACCUACAGCAGCACCCAUAUGUGAACAUUUAGGAUGACUGUUAGUAUUGUAAGUACCUCGAAAGCCUUGUGUUUAUCACUCAUUCCUUCUCUUACUGUUAUUCGUACACUUAAAUUAAUAAUAGAUCAUAAAGGAUAUCCCUGUUUGCACAUGUUGGAGUAUCUGACACAGAGAUUGCUCUUUGUGUUUCACUUUUUUUGGAGAACGCUGCACCCACAGCCUGUUGAUUGAGGAGAGGAGUUUUCUGUACCAGCUAGUGUUUCUAACAGUGACUUUCUUCAAGAUAUUACUUCAGCUAACAACUCUCAGCUCUAGAGGAGUGGCAGCAGCUUUACGGUGCAGUGAAACCAUAAAUGGUUCUGCACCUGCUACUUCUCUCUCUUAUUUCACUGAUAAGAGCUACUUAACGUUGCACCAUGAAUGAUAAUGAUUUCAUCCCUUGAAUGUAGGACGCAGUAAUGCUCAUACAUAUCUGAAAAAAACACAUUUAGUGUUUGAAAGUUGGAUUUCGGUUACUGGUUUAUGUUUGGAUAUAUUCCUUUUUUUAGAAGCCCUUAAUGGAAGAAAGUAUUGGAAGCUUCAGCCAGCUGCCUCAGUUUUGAUCACCACAGACAUAAAAGAUCUGAUUUGACCUCUUCGCAGACACAUAGGAUCGCUCCAAACCAUGAUUCCAAGUGGUUUCGUCUCGCCAAAAAAGACACAUUUAACCACAAAAGAGUUAGAAACAAACAGGUCUUGUAUGCCUGUGUGUGUGUAAAAGCAGCUUUAAUGAAUGACUUGGCCCAUCUGAGAGCAUCGGCAGUGUCGUGUACAUUAUCAGUGUUUUCUUCUGUGAGCUAUUUCUUGCUGGUGUGGAAACGCCUCUUUAACAGCAUGCAGGCGUUAACAAAAAUCUUUUUAUCCAGGCCUUUUGCCAGCCUGACAAUAUCAAUGGCAGGGGAUCCACGGCUCCAUAUACAGUAGUGUUCAACAAAAAGCUUUUCUGUCCCUAAUUUACUGGGUAAAUGCCAGCAGGGCUGUGCGGCUCUGUUCUCCACUGGUCAGUAGUGUCUUAUGAUCUCAUUCAUAGUCUUAGUUCACUACUCAUGCAAAGUGUUAAAGGGCCUAUGCCAGGAUUGAGCUGUUUGUUUGUUUUUGUUUGUCGGAGAGAAAUCUGUUGUUAAUCCUCAAGUUUAUUUUGUACGGAGAGAGGUGUUCACACAGAGACCAAUUUGUUGUAAUAUUAGUAGUGACGCUACUGUUAAACGUAGUAUUUAAUAACAGCACUAUUUAUGGUCAAAAAAAUGAACUAGAGUGUGUUAUUGUACUUGCGGUAGCUUUGGAGGCAGGUGGCCAUUUUGUAUCUGAGUUCUUUUAACAUCCCUGCGAGGGAUUUCAUUGGUUCUGAGGUUGCUAAGUGACACUGGCCCAACAUCAUUUGGUUUCCUCAGUUACCAUUCGUCUCCUCGGUGACGACUGCAUGGUCUCACAGUGGACACACCCUUUUUUCUUCUUCUUCUGCUUCUCUUUCUUUUUUCUAAAGGAGAGUUCUUGAUUUUUUUUCAUUCAUUUUAGAUUUUAGAAAGGGAAAGAAUACAAAUCAAAUAAAUCAGAAUAUUAAUUCAAUCACUUUUUCUACUCCUAUUUUCAAUAAAAAGUGAAACGAAAAACCAAACAAAAAGUUGAUUUGUAAAUAAGUAAUGUACAGUUUGUAUCUGUAACUUGUCAGUCUGUCAUUGGUGACAGAGUCUGUCUUGCUUAUAACGCACGCUACCAGUAAAUAAAAAAAGGAAAAAGUAUAUUUAGACUGUAUGGUCCCUUGAAAGCAAGUUUUAAAUUAAUAUCUGAUGUAUAUUCCUGUAACAUUGCAUUUUUAUCUGAGGAAUGAUGUUAUUAAAAAAUUGCAAAUAAAUUGCA